GUAUUUUACUAGUGUUUUAUUUGUAUUGUCAAUUUCGGGUCUGUUGUCCUAGUAUAUCGCAUCAGUCCUAAAGUGCUGUUAUAAUUUUUAGGGGUACAUGUCGCACAUCUGUGUCUUAGGCCAGUAAGGUCUUGAACAUGUAUCCCGUCUCUGUUAUACUGUUUAAUUAUUAUGCAGAUACUGUUACAUUUUUGAGGCAAACAAACAUACUUACAUACUUUGUGUGACCCAGGAUAAAUAUGUGAAUCCUAUCUUUGUUUAUAUUGCGGAAGUCACCGAACUCGACGUAAAUUCUAAAUCUUUAAUCUAAUCUAGAGCUGUCACUAAAAUAAAAUAAAUAAUAGCUAAAUAUUAAGUUAUUUCAAGAUGGCUCCUGCAGUGAGAAGCCGAGCAGAGAUUCGUCUUAUACGACUGCUUUCCAGAUGUGAAGAGAUGGCUGGUUUAAAUACACCUGAUGACUGGAGACUUGAAAAGUAUGUUGGAGCAUUAGAGGAACGUCUACAAGCGGUCCAAAAGCUUGAUUCCUCGGAAAAACCCAAGGAAGAUAUCAUCAGUGAAUACGCAAAGAAAAUUAAAUUUUUAAAACAACUUUUAGAGACUCAAAAAUUACCUGUCACGUCAGAAAAAUCUCUCGCUAACCAACUUCUCGUGCCAGCAAAGUCUCGGACGAUUCCAACUAAUAAAGAAUCUCCGACGGGAAAGCAGAUUCAAAUGCAGGCAUCGUCGAGAUACACUACGGAAAUGCGCGACGAACUCAUGCUCACAGAGAAGGAGAAAUCAGCCGGAGUGCGCUAUAGAGCAACGUCUUCUGGUGGAAGUACGCAAAAUGCAGACACUGAAGCUAUACUGCAGCAUCAACAUAAAAUGCACGAAAAAAUCGCUGACGAAAUGGUCGCGUUAACAAGGAAUUUAAAACACAACAUUAUGGCUUCUAACAGAGUUAUAAAAGAUGAUUUGAAUGUGAUCGAAAAAUCUUCUAAAAAAGCUGAUCAAAAUUACGGCCAACUUCAAACCGAGUCGUCACGACUUGAGAGUCAUUUAAAGAAAGGAACGAACUGGUGGCUGUGGAUAUCUCUUGCUCUUGUCUGCGCUGUGUUUAUGUUCAUGAUAUUUUUUAUCAGGUUUUUUCCCAAAAGGUACUCUUGAUUGUUCAUCAUUAUUAUUCUUGUAAGUGCCAAUAAUGCUAUCUCAGGGAUGUGCAACAUUUAAAACAGGAGGGCCAGAUAGAUAUAACUGGGUGAUAUCGUGGGCCACACCUAGUUUUUAAGGCAUUAUUAAGUCAUAAGCAUAGAUGUUGAAAAAACUUGUUUCUCAGGCCGCACAAUAUUCAAAAUUGGCACUUCUUCGUGGACCACACAAUUAUUUCUAGAGGGACGAAUUUGGCCCCAGGUUUCACACCCCUGUACUGCGCCAUUGUAGUAAGAAUGUAAGCAUAUGAUACAAGUUUUCUCAAUAUUAAAUGUGCAUAUAAACAGGGAUAGCCAUUUCGAAUACAUUCUAAAAUAAUAUUUUCGAAUCUGGAAUUUUCAAUACAUCCUAAAAUCAGACAUACAAAUUUUUGUUUUAGUAAAUUACGGUAAUAUUCAGUAAAA